GUGCCAAAUUUCAACUCAUUCGAUGAAAAAAUGAGCCUGUUAUAAAACCAGUGUCAUUACUUUUUGAAGGCCCCUCGUAAUUACAGUCACAUAGAUAGCCUCUAUGGUUUCUGAAAAGUAAACCAAUUCUAUACAUUGAAACAAUAGCAGUAAAACAUUAUCGGCUGGCGACAGACGUCAUUGUAGUAUUUCAGAGCUUCUCCAAGCAGAGGUUUCGGUCGAGUGGGCUAGGAGUGUUGGCGAUUUGCAACGUUCCUCUCCCUGCUAAAAAUAUCGACCGAAACCUCUGCUUGGAGAAUACUGCUGUGCUUCACAUAGUUUUCCUCUCACGUCUCGUUUCUAUCGUGACUGCCGUAUCCAGGCAUUUGUAGAGAUUUUUUGAGAACACAACAGUGCAUAGACGUAUUUCUUGAAUUUUUUUUCGUUGUAUUCUAACUUUUUUAACCAAAGCAAGAGUUUCUGAAUAGUGCGUCACUGUGAGUUUCGGUGAGCAUUGUUUUUGUUCCGCUUUCCAUUGUGACACACGAAUGCGCACGCCCCCACCUGUAGCUAUAAAUGUCACAGGGUGACAAAUAGGGUAAGGGCAUAGAGGUCAAUGGUAAGGGUUAUCUUAACCCAGGCCCAUUGUGGAGAGGGAUUUGUUUCAAGGGUUGCCUGACGGUGAGUGGUAUCAAAACUAUGGCGGCGGACCAUUCUGGCUUGGGCCUCCCCUACAUUUGUGGAUUCCUCGUUGCCUGUUUGGUGGGAUGUUAUUGUUCCGAGGAGGAGAAGACCGUGCCCGUCUCCGAAAAUGCCGACGUUGGGACAGCAGUUGUCAACAUACCUCUGCAUUUUGGCAUAACGUUACCAGCAGAAAAAGCGGAACUUCCGUGUCUUAUUGUAGACGGAGACCAGUAUGGCCGCUUCGCUGUGAACGAAAACUGCACCCUUCAUGUCUCCAACCCCCUGGAUUACUUGGUCCAGUCGGAAUAUGUUCUUAAAGUCCUCAUCUUAGGACACCUUGACGGCGAGGUGAAGUUAAGGCUACAAGUCAUCGACGUCCAGGGCUAUCCUCCCGUCUACAACGCCACCUGUGAGACACCUGUGGUUAAACAGACCGGAGAAGAUCGAGGCUGGUUAUUGAAGGUGGAUGGAAAAGCGGAGGCUGUAACGAGCGAUGGAGACGUUUUGUCGUCAACAGUAAGACUUACUGACCCUAAAGACUUACACCUGCAUCCACGGCCACAUUUAAUAGUGAACACAGAUAACGGGGACUGCAGGGCUGAUGUGUUUUGGGCUGUCUUCUACGGGAAUGACGAAGUGGCUGCAGAACAGUUGUGGUCAGCAGAGAUACAUUCUUUAUCAUGUUUCAGUGGGCCCAGUUCGGAUCAGAAUAUCGUAGUCGUCAACUUGAUCAAUAAACAGGCGGAUUACGAUCCUCGGUUGAGUUACGUUCAAGACAACGUCCCUAAUGACUGGAUGAUGAACAAAUUUCAGGAAUUCAUCGUUUACCUUUCUCUGACAACAUCGUCAAGAAAUCAACGACGUUUCGUGUGCCAGCUACCAGAAACAAUACCGCCCAUACGAAUUAGACCAGUAUCAGGGUCUGACUUAACAGUGGACAUUGUUGCCAUCAACUACUUCUGGAUAGACAUUAAACCAACCGGCUGUCCUCCAGGAAGAUACGGCUUCGCUUGCCAGAACGUGUGUAUAUGCAAACACGGGGCCUAUUGCCAUGCCUUUAACGGAGCCUGCAAGUGUCAGCGUCGAUGGACAGGUGUCGCCUGUGAUAUUUCCAAAGACGUCAUCUCCAUUGUAGCGACACCUAGCGAUCCGCGUGAUCUGUACAUAUCCGGAAACGUGACGCUACGCUGCAAAGUGUACGACGUUGAUGUCGUGACAACGUCUUGGAUAUUUCCAAACGGGUCAACAAAGAUGGUGACAGAUACCGAUGACAACGAAAUUAUGAUCACCGACAUAAAGACAACGGAUAAUGGACCGUACACCUGUCAGGUAAACGACUCACGUGGGGAAGUUUUCAAGACAGACAUAGUGCUGGACGUUGACAGUUGUGCCCCAGGAAGAACAGGUGAACACUGUGAGACCGUGUGCGGCUGCCUGCACGGCGCCAGUUGUGACCGGUGGGCUGGCUGCGUGUGCCCCGCUGGGUGGACGGGACCGGUGUGCCAGUCCGCAUGUCCCCAGGGCACGUACGGAUAUGGCUGUAAUAAGACUUGUGACUCUGAAAACGGUGUGUGUCUGCCUAGAGACGGCUCGUGCAACUGCACAGAGGGUUGGGUCGGCCUGGACUGUAGCAAACCCUGUUUACCUGGACGUUACGGGUGGAGCUGCCAUCAGAUCUGCACCUGUAGAAACAACGCCACCUGUCAUCACGUGGACGGCACCUGCAAAUGCUCGGCGGCCUGGACAGGACCUACAUGUGAGGUAUCGGUUUUUCGAAAUGACGCGCCGCUUACAUUUCUUGUGCCCCUCAUCUCAGUAGUAGUUUUUGUGCUCAUAAUGCUAGUUGUGCUGUAUAAGAAAAGGCGCAUAACUUGCUGCGUACGCGAGGACAAAGAGGAGACCAGGCGUCUCGAGUUAAAACGCUUGGAAGAGGACAUUAAAGAGGACUUGCAGCCGGGAUGGCUGAGGCGAUGGGAAAGGAAGUCCAACCAUCUUUCCCCCGGACCUAUGAUUGGAAUGGGGAUGUUUGGCUAUGUGAGAAAAUCACAGUUACGUACACCUGUUGGGGAAGUCACCGUCGCUGCUAAGUCGGUUCGAACUGAGGAUACGCAAUGCUAUCGUGACUUUUGUAGAGAGGCUGCCAUACUGGUAGCUAUACAUGAAGAGAAGGAUCACAAAACGUCCGAGUCAAAUAUCAUCCAACGGUUAAGGAUCACCCAUCGCGAUGUGGCGGCGCGCAAUGUCCUGAUCACUCGGGGUGAUGUCGCCAAGCUUGCCGACUUCGGGUUAGCCAGGGAUGUCUACACCAACACUCAGUACGUGGCUGCGAAUGGACAGGGCAAUGUGCCGGUUCCACUCAAGUGGAUGGUAUAUACAUGUAUGUUUGUGUAUAUAUUUGCGUUUGUUUAUGUAUGUUUCAUUGUUUCAUAUGAAUCCUGGUAGACUAGCCCUAAAUAGGGCUAAAGGGUAUCGGAAUAAAGGAAUAAAGGAAGGAUGGCGCUGGAGUCCUUACAGUCCUGCAAAUACACAUGUCAGAGCGACGUUUGGUCGUUUGGCGUGUUUUUGUGGGAGAUCGCUACACUCGGAGACGAACCACAUUACGACGGACGCCUGCAACUGAACUGCCCUGAGCUGGUAGGGCUUCUUCGGCGUGGCGUCAGGCUCAGACUUCCGCCAGAAUGUCCAGGUACUCUGUACGGAAUAAUGACGUCAUGUUGGUCCUCUGACCCAUCGGGAAGACCCAGUCCAGAAAAACUGAUCGAACGCUUAAAUGAAGUACGGACGGAAGGCUGUCUACUUGUCGAAUUUGAGACGUCCGUUUAGUAGUCUUAAUCAUUCGUAGUACACAUCAACUUCGUAGUUAUCAUCAUUCCUGUGAGAAUUUAAGACAUCCAUGUCAUAAUCAUAAUCAUUCCAGCUGUAUGAAUCUAAGAAAUCCAUUCGAUGCGCAUAUUAGUAAUCAUGCGUAAUCACAUUAGUAAUCAAUUUUGUUUUGAUUUGAUUUGAGACAUUCAUUAAGUAGCAUUAUGUAUGCUUAUACAUGUAUAUGUAUGAUACUUACUAUGCAAUUAGAUUGCGUUUAGAAAUAAAUAAGCAGUAUUUUUCGUCACUUAUAUGUAGAUUUUGAAAUACAGUAAACUAUUUCAUGGAGACCUGGUAUGAGAUAUAACGUUACUUUUACAACUUUUUAUGUGAUUGAAGAACAUCUAUGGCAAGCUGAUAGAGGAAGCAAUGAAAGAGGCCAACUGAACUGGACAAAUGAACUGAACUGUCUACGUCUUUGUAUUGGAAUGACUUCUGGUUGUCGAGUAUUGGUCAGAAUUGUAAAGUCGGGAAAAAGAAGAACAACAAAUAAAGUUGCACGAAUU